CAGACAAUGAGUGUGUAUUUCUGGAUGUGUUUGCAUGCAGAUGUGGACUCUGCGUGAACAUGUGGCGCAUAAUUGAGCGUUAAAUGUAAAUGCCCAAAGGAGUCUCUUUUCUUUUUUUUCUUUUUAGUGAAAGGUGACAGUUGGCUCGCUGCCAAAUACUCUUGCUGGUGUCUGUGUUUACAUGUUUUUUUUUUCUUUCUUUUUUUUUUAAAUGUGACAACAUAGAGAAAGAAGACAAAAGCUGGACCCUCCCCUUUCUCUCCCUCUCUCUUUCCCUCUCUUGCCCCUGUGUUUAAUCUUACAGAGGGAGAUGAUCGGAGAAGAGGAGUCUCAGUGAACAGAGCGAAGCGAUGGAGAGAUGCUCCAUCUCUCCUGUCGCACGACUGACUGCCCUCGUCUCCCUCCUCCUGGUUGCUCUGGUGACACAGCCCUCCACCUGUAACCGUGACGACAGAGAGGGUGAGGAGCAGGUAGACGCCCUGUCGGUCCAGCUGUCUGUCACAGCCCAGGUCACACCCACCCCCCUGUGGGCGGUGGUCUGGGGUCCCACGCAGCCGCUGGAGGAUGAGACCUACCACUUUCUCUCAAGCCAAGAAAACGACCACCUGCAUCUGCACGGCAGCCAGCAGGAGGCCAGCACCGCCACGUCGGAGGACUGGGCUUACCCCGACGCCAGCCCGCCUCCCCGGGAGAGGGCACCCCUGGAGUCCAGGAACCAGGAGGGAGUGGAGGGCGGAGGGACAGAGGCGGAGGAAACGGAGCCCGAGGAAGUGGACCCUCAGUUCUAUGUCACCGUGACCAUCUCGUCUCUGCUCAUCCUGACAGCAGUCGUCAUUACAGCCAAACUCUGUUACGAUCGCAGCUGUUCCCAGCAUCCGCCCCCGCUUUCCCGUGGCGUGGCCCCCCCGCUCACCCUCGCACUUCCUCGCUCCCUCGCUUCGGAGGACAGCCGGCAGACGCUGCACAGCGCCUCCUCCUCCUUCACCGACAGGGAGAGGAUCCCAGUUGUGAACCUCUGAGGUGACUGUUUUUUUCCACACGAUAAACACUGCUAUGGGGGACUGAGGAGGAACAUCAACACGACCGGAGGGUUCGCCCGCAGCGCCAUUUUAUUUUCUCUGAAACUGUGAAAUGAAUUCAGGGAUCCCAGGUAUCCAGCCAUCACAAAACCUCCUCUUCCCUGAGGUCUUAAAAAAAAAAAUUAUCCAAACUCAUCUCCCCGCCGUUCAAUCCCUCCUUCUCUGUAAAUUCCUUUUUUCUGUUGGUGUUUCUGCGUCACUGUGACCCGUCCUCCAUUUUUCCCACCUUUCAUUUGGCCCCGAGCUCUGCCAAGAUACCCAGCAGCCCCGCGCUCUGACCUGCCAUGACUAAUUCACAAACAAGCGGUUUAACAGCCGUGCAACAUCCCAUUACCCCCGAAAUGCCCUACCUGUGCUUCCACAGCUGUUUCCAGGGAUUCGGCUGCACGUGCGAAGCCGCUCGGCGCUAACGCCGGUCCACCAGACUGUUCUUUUUAAUCAAGUGACACUAGAAUCCGGCACACGUGAGUAGACCUGCACCUGGCUUGCAAAUGGUUAAAAA